AGGUAUAUCGCAGUCGGUAAUGAACCGUUCCUCACAAGCUACCAGGGCCAGUUCCAACCCUAUGUUGUUCCUGCAAUGCUUAACCUUCAGCAAUCACUUUCUAAAGCAAAUCUAGCAGGUUACAUAAAGCUUGUUGUACCCUGCAAUGCUGAUGCCUAUGAGUCAUCCCUCCCUUCACAAGGCGCAUUUCGACCUGAGUUAACUCAGAUUAUGACUCAGCUUGUUUCUUUCCUCAAUUCCAAUGGAUCUCCUUUUUUAGUCAACAUCUACCCUUUCCUGAACCUGUACCAGAGCACAGAUUUUCCCCAAGAUUAUGCCUUCUUUGAGGGCUCCUCUCACCCAGUUAUAGAUGGACAAAAUACAUACUAUAAUGCCUUCGAUGGCAAUUUUGACACUUUGGUUGCCGCUCUCGGUCGAAUCGGCUAUGGGCAGAUUCCGAUCGUGAUAGGUGAGGUAGGCUGGCCAACCGAUGGAGCUUUCAGUGCGAAUCUAAGUGCUGCGAGGGCCUUCAACCAGGGCCUGGUUAACCAUGUCUUCAGCAACAAGGGCACUCCUCUGCGGCCGGGUGUCCCACCGGCAGAUGUCUUUCUCUUCAGCCUUCUCGAUGAGGAGCAGAAGAGCACUCUUCCCGGGAACUUCGAACGCCAUUGGGGUAUUUUCUCAUUCGACGGGCAGGUUAAAUACCCCCUGAAUCUCGGCCACGGAGUGCUUAAGAAUGCGAGAGAUGUCCAGUAUCUUCCUUCGAGGUGGUGUGUGGCGAACCCGUUCAGGGACCUGAAUGAUGUUUCAAACCAUAUGAAGCUUGCGUGUAGCGUUGCUGAUUGCACGACUCUCUACUAUGGAGGAUUAUGCAAUGCCAUUGGGGAUAAGGGAAACAUUUCUUUUGCAUUUAACAGUUAUUAUCAGGUCCAGAAGCAGGAUGAAAAGAGCUGUGAUUUUGAUGGUCUUGGAAUGGUCACUUUCCUUGAUCCUUCCAUUGGUGACUGCCAUUUUCUUGUUGGUGUUGAUGACAGUAGCAGUUCUUCUUUGAUGAGCUUCAGGAAUUUAAGUUGGUUGUGGAUUCUGAUCCUCGGGGUGUUAGUUUGCAGUCGGAUUUAGGGUUUUGUGUGACUAUUAGAACACUAGUUAUUUUUUAGGAAGAGAAAGUUGGAUACUAGUUUAGGAUGUUAGGAAAUGUUCUGAUUGUGUGCUGUGAAGCCCAACUGCCGAGCAUUAUUUCGUUUAUGAUUUAAAAGAGUGGAAUUUGUCCUUUAAA